AUGGCUUCCUUUCUCCCUGUCAACAACUCGGCCCCUGAAGACCACGCGAUGGAUGGAGCAGCUACACCCCGUGCGAUCCCAAAUGGCGUGCCGGUCACACCGGACGUUUCUUCGACGGAACUGUUUCCGGACGGAGUUUCACACCACAGCCACGGUAGCGACGCUUCAUCCCGCACAACCUUGACCCACGCUCGAACACCGCCAACGUCUGACGAACCGAUGCACGAUUCCGAGGGAGAACAAGACGAUUCCGAUCAUGAUCAAAACCUAGGAAGUAACGGACCCCCCUCGAAAAAGAAGAAAGGCCAACGGUUCUUCUGCACCUCUUUCCCUCCCUGCAAUCUAAGCUUCACACGGAGUGAACAUCUGGCUCGCCAUAUUCGAAAACACACCGGUGAACGUCCCUUCCAGUGCCACUGCUCUCGGCGGUUUUCCCGACUCGACAACCUCCGCCAGCAUGCUCAAACCGUCCAUGUCAAUGAGGAAAUCCCCGGGGAUUCGCUGGCGGCCACGGGCACACGGUUCCAGCGUCAGGUCCGUACAGAUCGAGUGCGGCCACCAGGACGGGCACGGGCAGGUACCGGAGGCAGUGUCGGCAGUCAUAGCCGAGGUCAUAGCAGGAACUUGUCAACUUCGAGUAUUGCGUCCACCACUUCGACAUUCAGCCAACCUCCGGAACUUCGCCGGCGCCCCCCGCCUUUGAUCAUGGCCAACGACCCCGCAGCUCGAUCCCGACUGGCAAUGGAUUCCAUGGGAGAACCUCCGAGCACGCCCCCGGCCCAGAUCCGUGGCAUUCCUGCCCCCAAUUUGCUUCGCCCAUGUCUGGCACAGCACAUGGGUUCUGGGAAAGGGAAGAUGGCCGCCCGUCGCCUUUCAGUACCGACGAGCAGCAACCCUUUCCUCGCACAGCACGGCAACGCAUAUCCUCCGGCAUAUCACACUCCCGCCGGCGCACCUUAUCCGAACGCCGCUGGCGUAUUCGCAAGCCCCACCAGCACACAUUACUCCGUAUCUCGUGAUGAGAGCACCUUAAGCGCGGCCGAGGCGGAGAUGCGGAGGAGAACGUGGCACCCUUCGUCAUACACAGGAUUUCCACGUCCUGGAACUAGUGGCCUGAACCAAUACCAUACACCCGACAAUGUCCCGGCCUCAUUCGGCGUGAACGGUUCGACCGAGCAUCCGCCUCGACUCCCCGGGAUUGAGAGCUUUGACAAAGUAGUCCAACGGCCGAUGACCCCUCCCACUCGGAAAACCAGCCCAAUGCAGCUUGAUGGCCACCAGCGACCUAACCCAGGCUUUGGAUCUGGGUUCAAUUACACACAGCCAGCCCACCGUCCACCGCCCCCCAUCUCCGGCCCUGGUCACCGACGAGGCCAUGUAUCCUGGGAUAUGUCUUUGCACCAUAACCUAACCGGACUGGAUAUCCGAGACCGGCGUCCAUCCACUGCAUCUGCUUCUCAAUGGAGUCAACAAACGCUCGCGGAACUCCAAAAUGUGUCUUCCCGCCCAUCGUCGUCUUACCAGCCUGCAUUCGGCCCAACGGCCGAAAGAAGCCCUGAAGAGUAUCGGGGACAUCGCGCAAGCCUUUCAAUCGGGAGCCGCGCACGAACUUCCCCCGAGGAUUCGAGUAGCAGUGAGGGUGUCCAUACCCCAUCCACCGCAUCGCUUGAGUAUCAUCCUGCGAUUGUGCACAGCAGUGGAUAUAUCGAAUCUCAUGAUUCCUCACUGCCUUCCGAUCACCCUCAACCGAUAUGUGGCCGCCAGUCUUCCCACGCGGACGGCUACGAAUCCCACAACGACCGGGAGCCCAGGCCCGAUGUCUUCUCAGGCUCUCCUGCCCGAAAUGCGGGCCUGGGUCGCCUGGAGGCUCUUGUCGCCGUUGCCACAAGCGAGAACAAAGGAGCAGCCAAGCUAUUUCUGUAA